ACUUCUAUGUGAUAUUUCUCAGUUUCAUAACAUUCCAUAUCCGCUCUUAUCUUUUGAAUUUCACAUCAUUUCCGAUAUCUCCGAUCCAUUUCCGGUUAACCGGUAAACAACAACAACCUCCGAUCAUCUCCACCACCAACCAUGGGCGGUUCUCAGAGUCGCGAAGGCCUCGAUCUCUCAGAUUCAGACGAUUAUGAAGACGAACGCUCACAAUCAGAAUCAGAAGACGACAGCAAGUACGAAGACGCACCGGAAGAUCACAAAACAGUUCCGAUCAAAGCCGUGGAUGAUCUCGAUUCGAAGCUCAAAGCACUCAAGCUCAAGUACUCGUCCGUACAAAACCCUAAUUUGAAGCACGCCGUGAAAUUGUACCUUCAUGUUGGCGGUAACACUCCUAAAGCUAAAUGGAUUGUUUCUGACAAAAUUACUAGUUAUAAGUUUGUUAGAGUUAGUAAAAUUGAUGAUAAUAAUAAUGAUGAUGAUGAUGAUGAUGAUGAGUUUGAUGAUGAUGAGAGUAGUGGUGGAUUUUGGAUAUUGAAAGUAGGAUCUAAAAUUAGGGCUAGGGUUUCAACAGAUAUGCAAUUGAAAAUGUUUGGGGAUCAGCGGCGUGUUGACUUUGUUGACUCUGGAGUAUGGGCUAUGAGGUUUUUUAGUGAUGAGGAGUACAGAGAGUUUGUGACUAGCUUUCAGAACUGUUUGUUUGAGAAUGUGUACGGAUUGAAGGCUAGUGAUGAGAAUAAGGUGAAGGUGUACGGGAAGGAUUUUAUCGGGUGGGCGAAACCAGAGGUUGCAGAUGAUUCCAUGUGGGAGGAGGAGGAUGAGGAGGCGUGGAGGACACCGGUUAGGGGUGGGAAUGAUUUGUUGGAGGAGUUUGAAGAAGCGGCCUCGGAUGGUGGGAUACAGAGUGUAGCGUUAGGCGCGUUGGAUAAUAGCUUUUUGGUUAAUGAUUCGGGUGUGCAGGUUGUGAAGAAUUUUAGCCAUGGGAUUCAUGGGAAAGGUGUUUAUGUUAAGUUUGAUAAUGGAGGUAAAAGGGUUAGCGGUUUGGGUUCGGGUUCAGGUUUUAAUUCAACGCCUCAGAAGGCUCUGUUGAUGAGAGGUGAGACCAACAUGAUUCUUAUGUGUCCGGAAAACGAGGGGAAGCCUCAUUCAACCGGCGUAAACCAAUUGGAUAUAGAAACAGGAAAGGUUGUUACGGAAUGGAAGUUUGAGAAGGAUGGGACAGAUAUCACAAUGAGGGAUAUCACAAACGAUACAAAGGGGUCGCAACUGGAUCCUUCGGAAUCCACUUUCUUGGGUUUGGAUGAUAACAGGUUAUCUCAAUGGGAUAUGAGAGAUAGAAGAGGUAUGGUUCAAACCAGUUCGCCGGUUUUACAUUGGACCAAAGGGCACCAGUUCUCUCGGGGUACGAAUUUCCAAUGCUUUGCUACAACUGGUGACGGUUCAAUCGUGGUUGGUUCUUUAGAUGGGAAGAUACGGCUGUACUCGACUACUUCUAUGAGACAGGCUAAGACUGCUUUCCCGGGGCUUGGUUCGCCGAUUACUCAUGUUGAUGUUACGUAUGAUGGGAAGUGGAUAUUGGGAACCACUGAUACUUAUCUUAUUUUGAUAUGUACUCUGUUUACUGAUAAAGAUGGGAAAACAAAGACCGGGUUUAGUGGUCGAAUGGGUAAUAAGAUUCCGGCUCCACGAUUACUGAAGUUAACGCCUGUGGAUGCACACACUGCUGGAAAGCACAAUAAGUUUCAUGGUGGCAGAUUUUCAUGGGUGACUGAAAGUGGGAAGCAAGAGCGCCACCUGGUUGCAACGGUAGGAAAAUUCAGUGUGAUAUGGGAUUUCCAGCAAGUGAAGAACAGUGCACACGAAUGCUACAGGAAUCAACAAGGCCUCAAAAGCUGUUACUGCUAUAAACUCAUGACCAAAAAUGAAUCCAUCAUUGAAAGCCUUUUCAUGCAUGACAAAUUUGCAGUUUCUGACUCACCAGAAGCUCCUUUGGUGGUGGCAACUCCCCAGAAAGUGACGUCGUUUAGCUUGUCUGAUGGAAAAGGAAAAAGAUCACACACACGUUUUUAAUUGAUCGUCAUAUCUUCAUUGUUUGUAUAUAAUAGAUUUGUGGAGGUCUUAAGUGGUUUGUUCUUGUGUUGGUGGCUGUUUUUCUGUUCUUUUAGGUUUUGGAUAUUGGCUUUGCUAAGAACGAACGAUUGAAGUAUGUGUUGUUUGCUUGUUUGUGCAGCUUAAUAAGGUAGUUUGGAUUGUUUGUUUGAUCGAUUGAC